AUGACACCACGUCUGCCCGGGAAGCUCGCACAGAAUUCCCUCCCUUCGAUCUGGGGCUCUCGUCAUAUCAUCCGCAGCCAGGCUCCGAUCCGUACUUUUGGCAUCCGGUCGUUGAACCCGCCCGUGAAUUCCCGGUACAAUGUCGGCCAUGGUCUCCCCGUGUUGAAAUCGACCCCUACCGCCGCCUUAGAACGCAAAGCAAACACACUGCCUCUUCGAACCGGGGCAAUAGCUACCAAGAAGGGAAUGACUGCCAUGUAUGACACAGAGACUGGGAAGCGUAUCCCUUGUACAGUUCUCCAGUUGGACCGGGUCGAGGUCGUUUCGCACAAGACAGUCCAGAAGCAUGGAUACUACGCUGUUCAACUAGGUGCUGGAUGGAGACGGCCUGCAAACCUGACCAAAUCGUUGCUUGGUCACUUUACCUCCAGUGGUAUCUCACCGAAACGACACGUCUACGAAUUCCGGGUGAAGGAUGAGAGCGGUCUUUUGGCCGUGGGGAAAAUGGUGAACGCUGACUGGUUCCAGGAAGGCCAGUAUAUUGAUGCUCGGUCCAACUCCAAGGGCAAGGGGUUUGCGGGUGUCAUGAAGAGACAUGGCUUCGGUGGCCAAGAUCGCAGUCACGGUGUCAGUUUGACCCAUCGUUCGCUCGGUUCUGCUGGUCCCAGCCAGGGCGGUGGUUCUCGAGUUUAUCCCGGCAAAAAAAUGGCGGGAAACAUGGGCAACGAACAGAAUACCGUACAGAAUCUGAAGAUUCUCAAAGUGGAUCCAGAAAAUGGAAUUGUUGUGGUAAAUGGCUCUGUCAGCGGACCCAAAGGCUGCGUGGUCAGGAUACAGGAUGCCAUCAAAAAGCCAUGGCCUGAAGACAUACUCUCUUCACUGCCAUCUUCAUAA